GCGGCUACAACUCCACAGUACACGCCGAUAAACCAAACACGCGAGUCAGUGUGAGUCCUGAAGAGCGGCUGCUGGUCACCUUGAGAUGACGCAUCACAAACAUCAGCACUGCUGUUGAGAAUCCUGUGGCAAACGAGGCGACAGACAAGCUGACACUGCAAUUUCAGGAACUGCAACUUGAAGGACAAGGUCUGAAUUGGUGUAAGCCACCCUAAUUCACGGGGUUGAUAAGAAAGGAACAACACAGAAUGGCUGAAGACUCCGGUGUUGGAAGGCCACAUCCUUGACACCAUGCCAUCUUCCCGGACAACUAUGUUGGCAUCAAAGAACGCUUCACUCCCAAAUUCUCAAGCACAGUCCAGGAGGAAGCACCACCAGGCAAUAAUUCACAUAAGGCUCCUAAAGAAAUGGCUCUUCCCACUCAUCCUGGUCCUGACCAGUUCCUUCCUUCUCCAGAUCUUCAGCCGAGUCCACAUCAUGCUACAGGAUCCGAUAUCCCUCGACAUCUACAACAUCGCCUACCCGAGACCGUACAAUUACAUCCUCAAUGAGCCCCAAAAAUGCAGCGGCCAGCCUCCCUUUCUGGUUUUGAUGAUACCGGUGGCUCCGGAAAACAGGAAAGUCAGAGAUGUCAUUCGAGAAACCUGGGGAGACGAAAACUCGAUGCCAACGGUGAAAAUCCGACGGAUCUUUUACUUGGGGCUUCCGUCUCAAGAUGGAAGCGGCGGUCUGCAGGAAGACCUCAGGAGGGAGAGUCGGUGGCACCACGAUCUGGUCCAGAAGGACUUUCAGGACACCUACUUCAACCUAACCAUCAAGACCAUGAUGAUAAUGGACUGGCUGGUCUCCUACUGUUCUAAAGCGUCCUAUGCCAUGAAGAUUGACACCGAUAUGUUCCUCAAUGUGGACACUCUGGUGAACAAACUCCUGCAGCUCCAAGCCCCUCGUGCCAAAGUCAACUUCAUCACUGGCAAUGUUCACCACUUUGGAAUCAUUCGCCGGGACCAAGACUCCAAGUGGUACAUGCCGCUCAAACUCUUCCCCGGAUUGUUCUAUCCGCCUUACGUCUCCGGGAUUGGCUACGUAUUUUCUGUCGACCUGGCCAAAAAGAUUUUAUCUGUCUCAUUGUCUGUGAUGCCCAUCCAUUUGGAAGAUGUCUACGUGGGCAUGUGCCUUCAGAAGCUGGGCAUCCAACCAACACAACCUGCAGACAGCACUUGGUUCAGCUUUCAACCGGUGGAGUAUAGCAGGUGCCGAUUCUCUCGACUCAUCAGCGUCUCGCAUCUAGAGCCUGACCAGCUGCUGCAUAUUUGGAAAGAUCUGGAAAAAGCCAAGGACCACUGUUAAAGUGGGAGACCCCCAUUCAUUGGCACGGUGGACGAUGGGUCUCUGUCUCCUUCAGGGACCACCAAGAGGUUAACAAAAAUGCCCCCCAAUGCGGACCCUCUCCCCAAUAAUGGUGUUCCAGUAUCUUUGCACUAAGUGGUAUGGGCUGGGGGGGUGGGCGGCACAUCUGUACAGUUCAAAGGUAAAAUGUGAGUGGCCUCGCUUUGCUUCCAAGCCCACCACAUUUUAGCCUCAGGGUCCUUCUAUUUCCACACAAACAUUUGCACACAUGACCCUAAGUGCACUUCAUUAAGGUUGUGGGCUGCAAUUCUGGAUGGCAUGGAAAAAAGUUCUUGGCACUGCUUCCUCACAGCUUGGAUUCAAAUAAUAAUAAUAAUUCAUUACAUUUAUAUAGCCCCAGGGACCACCUCUGUGGAGUUUGCAUCUUUGUGAUUUUCCUUUUAGGGGCUGCAUGUCCCAUUCAUUUUAGGGGCUCCCAAUUCCCAUUCACAUCCAAGAGACAUGAAGGAGUAGAUUGGCACUUGGCUCAGAACAAGUCCCGGCAUUAUAGGACAGACAUCGGACCCUUGGCACCGUGGACUGAAGGAGUGAGUUGCAAUAUGGAGGGAGGCAUUUCAGCUUAAGUCUCCAUUGCACCCUUAGCUGAGUCUGGGAUGACUGGGAGCAGUGUACAACUUUAGGUGACUUUAAUUUGGGGUCUACACCCCCAAUAAUCACCCGCAAUAAUACGCAAAUUGAAACAUGGCUUGGACUUGUACUGACUGACACCUAUAGGGCAGUUGUAGAAUGACAGGUAAUUAACUGUUGGUGCUUCUCCCUCUUUAAGUGAUUUCAGUAACCUUUAGGUAGUCCGAGGGUUGGAAGUUUUACAUUACUUUGUAAAGGACCCCCAAACUGAGAGCAAUACAAGUUUCUCUGUAGCCAAAAAGAAGGUGAAUUUCAUUAAAGCAGCUAAAGCAAAUCUCAAUUUCAUGGUUCUAAUUUCACAAUGGCAUCUCACCCAGGUGUCUUAAUGGCUCUGAUGAAAGAUUCAC